UGUAAGUCAACCUGUCAAAUUUCCGUUUGAGCAAAACCUGACAUGUUUUUUUUAAAGUACGGUAAAGCGUUCGAGGUGGCGCUCCUGCGUGGGCGGACGAGACGUCAGCUGGGAAGGAAAGAGUGACGCCGACGAUGGGUGGAGGCAGGCAGGCUCUGAAAAGUAACAGAAAGUGAAGACGCUGAGCAAAAGGGGCUUCCGGAGAAUCGCGGCAGCGGCACGGCAGAAGGAUGGGCCUGAAAGUGAAAUGUUUGGCGGUUGCGCUGUUGGCACCUGCGCAGCUGCUGCUCACCUUGCCGCUGACGGAGAGGAACCACUUGUCCGCCCAACGUGGCAAAGAGUGCAAGAUGUGCCCUGCAGGUCGGUACCGGAAAUCUCGCGAGGAGUGCGCUCCGUGUCCCGCUGGGAGCUACACCACCGAUUGGAACUGCGAAGACAGCUGCCACCGUUGCUACGGCGACUGCAGGCCUGAAUUCAAUCAGAGGGUGCUCGCAAACUGCAGCAGCACGUCGAACCUCAAGUGCGCAUGCCAGGAUGGCUUCCGCUGCACCGCUGUGGUCGCCUUUACCGACAACUGCAAAAACUGUGUCGCAACCGCAACGGCAACAUCGACGGCGACGGCCAAAACGACGGCAGCACCAGACGAAGACGAACAGACUCCCUCCUCUUCCUCAGGAGACAGCAGCCAUUCCGCCGGAUUGUGUUCAUUUCCAGAAUGCGACGUUGAGCCGAGAAACAGCUCACACACGGACAAAGGCGAGUCGGCGUUUUUUUUUUUGAAAUUUUAUGUGUGA